AUGGCACGUUCAUCCACAGACGGACUGAAAUACCUGUCCAACGCUCUCGCAACACCCGAACAACUAUCCAGUUCAUCGUCAGCUAUCGAUGGCGUUGCUCCAGAACUAGAAGCAUCUAUUCGAUUUGCCGGCACUCAACUGACCCAAGCUGCUGGGGUAUUACUCCGAUUGUCGCAAGAUAUCAUUGCGCAGGCCAUUGUCACAUUUACCCGGUUCUGGAUAGGUGCUGAAGGCGGGAGCCUUCGAAUUUACUCUGUCAAGGAUGUCUCUGCUGCAGCUCUAUAUAUGACGGCUAAGCUAUCCUUCCAGCCUACAUCACCCCGAUCGGUAUUGAAUGUCUACAACUUCCUAGUAUCGAAGGACGCUUCUCCUUUAUGGUUCAUCAACCCGAAGGGGGUAUCAGAGAAGCCCUCCCCUGAGACAUACUGCCUAUCCGAGGGGGGCUACCAGAGCCAGCGAAUGGUGCUGCUUCGGAUCGAAUCGAUAAUAUUGCGCACACUAGGCUUCAAUACCCAUGUUGCCCUCCCCCAUACUAUCGCGUUAACCUACCUUCAAACCCUCGGUGUAUCAUCUUCUGCUGUUGCGCAAAGGGUGUUCGAGCAUCUGAACGCAGCUCUGCUAUCACCACAGCUGCUAUAUGUGACACACCAACCCAACGCCCUUGCUGUUUCUUCUAUAUAUUUGGCCGCACGAGAAGUCGGGAUAAAGUUGGUUGAUGGCGAGUGGUGGGAAGUCUUUGAUGUGGACCGGGAAGAACUCGGAUUCCUAGUGGUAGGCAUGAGAAGUAUGGAGGGCUUUGCGCGGGCGGAAAUGGAGAAAUGGAAGGGACGGGUGAUACCUAUGAUUGUGGACGAAGUUGAGGCAGAGAUUGAGAGGAGGAGAAUGAUGGCAGAAGGCGAUUUAGUUACAACUGUUACUAUGAAUAUUCUCCAUUCCACUCUCUCCACUUGGAGAGACCGUCUUGCCCCAGUGUCCCGCACCUCCACCUUUCGCAAUACCGGCCAGAUCACUCCCGAGGAAUUCGUUCUUGCAGGCGACUACCUUGUCUACAAAUUCCCAUCGUGGUCUUGGGCCGACGCGUCUUCCCCCGCAAAGCGCGUUUCCUACCUACCCCCUGGCAAACAGUUUCUCGUUACCCGGGGCGUACCCUGCCACCGCCGACUGAACGACAACUUCGCUGGUGAUGCGGGCCACGAUGAUGAGCUUGUUAGGGACAUGCUAUCUGGGGGAACAGGUGGUAAUGAUGAUGAUGGGUGGCUACGAACAGGCGGAGGCCAAGAUUCUGCAGACCGACAAGAGAACAGGAUAAAGGAUGUACGAACAGUGGAUGAGUCCGGGAACAUGGGAGAACGGGAGGAGGAAGAGGACGAAAUACCCGAUAUGGAGGAUGAGGAUGAUGACGAAGAAGCUAUUAUCAGAGAACCAGCAUCUGGUACCACGCAGCCUACGCGCACUUACAACCUUUACAUCACAUACUCCAACUUCUAUCGCACGCCACGUCUCUACAUGUCCGGUUACCUCUCGCCAUCAGAACCCCUCCCCCCACACCUGAUGAUGGAGGACGUUGUGGGCGAUUAUAAGGAUAAAACCGUUACUCUCGAAGAUUUUCCGUGGUACGAUGGGAACGUCAAAAUGGCCAGUGUACACCCAUGCCGACACGCUUCAGUGAUGAAGACACUCCUCGAUCGUGCAGAUGCAGCGCUGAAACUCCGCCGCGAAAAGCUGAAGCAAGCUCAGUCUGACCCAUCCAAGGCGCCUUUCGCUGGCGAAAGCGGCUUAGAAGGGCUAGUCGAUGACAUCAAGGCACUCUCCCUGAGCGACCAACAACAGCAAGGCAGUGACAAGAGCGGCGGAGAUGAAUGGGAGGUUUUACAGCACGAUGAAGAAGAACAGGUUGCCAUCAGAGUGGAUCAAUAUUUGGUCGUUUUCCUGAAGUUCAUUGCUAGCGUGACACCAGGGAUUGAACAUGAUUUCACCAUGGGAGUAUGA